UCCUCUGAGCCCGACAAGACGGAUCCAAGCGCAAUGCGUCCGGGAUAACAUACCUAACCCUUGCGACAACCACCCCCGGGUUCUCUCCUCUGGUUUCUGAUGUGAUGCAGCCUGUGUUCCCCCACCGAAACCCCCCGGGUUGCUGCACCCACACGAAUCCGGAACCGAGACAGCUGUCCUUCGGGACAUAGUACCGAAUCACGGAUGCCCGGGUUGAAAUCUCUUCCCUGCCAAGCGACUGUGCAUCACUACACCGCUUCCCAAAAUCAUAGCGUGUUGUGGUCAUGUGGUCGCCCACAUGCGGCUCACGCAGGGAAAUGCAGGUUCAACGUUGCAGGCGACUGCACGUUCCAGGCUUUGAUGUCGCUCCGCUCACUGUGUCCGCCGGCUGGUACCUCUCAUCACUGGCCUCUCGGCUAUCCGAUAUGAUGGCAUCCGCGUCUGUCUUUGCGGGAUACGUAUCCGUGAAUGAGCCCAGUGUCGUUCCCCCACACCUACUGUUCCGGGCUAUCGGGCAGUGAGGUUACCGGGCCCCGGGUUAUGAGAUUUCCACAACAGGACCAAGACCCGGCAGUGUCCGCCAAGCUCCGAGAGCUCCAACGUUAGGUAA